AUGGAGACCUGGUUUUGGAUUCUUGGCUGGUUCCUUUCAUUUCUAACCAUCCUUGGAAAUGGAUUUACAAUCUUCCUCGUUUGCAGCAGACGAAAUCUUCGCACCAAAACCAACGCGUUUAUUGUUUCACUUGCAGUAGCGGAUUUCUGCGUUGGUUUGAUCGUUAUUCCAUCAAUGUUUUUUUGCGACAUUACAAACACCUGCGACUGGCCUGAACGUCGGCGGUUGCUGUCUUGGGUGGAUUUUACAAGAUGUUUGUUUAGUAACGCGUCUGUGGUAAACUUAUGCGUCUUAGUGCUGGAUCGUUUUAUUGCCAUCGUUCAUCCUUUAGAAUACAUUACUUUUAUGACUCGCCGUCGAACUACCCAAGCUAUUGUCUUCUCUUGGGUUUUAACAGUUGGUUUUAAUGCGCUGAAAGUUAUCCUUUUGGAGUAUUUUUUCAAAACAAUCCGUGUCCCUUUUACAUGGCUAUAUCUAAUUUUCUGCGAGUUUCUUCCAUGUGUCGUAUUAAUAUUCUGCUUCGUAUCAAUGAUAUUUCACGUACGCAAGCAUGAUCGUUCUGCACGC